AUGUCGAGCAGCAGGACGAGCCUUCUUCUCCUGAAGAAAUGCAAGUGCAUGCACGACUUGAAGAAAGCUCACGCUCGUAUCAUCACUGAAGGCCUCGGCCAUGACUACUACGCUCUGAGCCGGAUCAUCGCCUUGUGUGCUGAUCCAAACAAUGGAAGCCUCACCUACGCGCAGACCAUCUUCUACCAAACUGAGAACCCCACUCUUUGCAUCCGCAACACCAUGCUCAAAGCCCUUUUACUGAAAAGAGAUCACUUUGAACUCAUGGAGCUUUACCGCAGGAUGCUCGACGAUGGCGUCCACCCGGAUCACUACACCUUUCCCUAUGUUCUCAAGGCUUGUUCUGCAAUGCAGGAUUGCAGAGCUGGAUCAGAGGUUCAUGUUCACGUCCUGAAACUAGGUUUUGGAUUUGAUGCUCUUGUGGGAAGCACAGUAAUCCUCAUGUAUGCUUCUUGUGGUGAGAUUGGUAUUGCACGGAAGGUGUUUGAUGAAAUGCCGCACAGAGUUGCUGCUUGUUGGACUGUGAUGAUUUCUGGGUAUUCCAAGAUUGGAAAGAUUGAAGAAGCGCGUGCAUUGUUUGAUGGAGCUCCUGUUAAGGACAGAGGAGUUUGGGGUGCCAUGAUUUCAGGUUAUGUGCAGAGCAAUGGUUUCAAGGAAGCAUUGCUAAUGUUUCGGCAAAUGCAGGUAGGUGGAUUUGAGCCUGAUGAGGGUGUUCUUGUGAGUGUUCUUUGUGCUUGUGCUCAUGUUGGAGGUUUGGAACUUGGGACAUGGAUUCAUAAUUAUGUGCAUUGGAUUGGUUUACCAGUGAGUGUUCGGUUAGGGACUGCGCUUGUUGAUAUGUAUGUUAAGUGUGGGAACUUGGUAAUGGCAAAGAAAGUGUUUGAUAGAAUAUCGAACAAGGACACUGUUUGUUGGAAUGUGAUGAUUUUUGGAUUAGCGAUUCAUGGAGACGGAGAUGGAGCGCUUGCAUUAUUCGUCAAUAUGGAGAAGGAAGGGUGUAGGCCGGACGAUGCAACGUUCAUUGCUAUAUUGAGUGCAUGCGGGCAUUCGGGAUUGGUUAAAGAAGGCCUUGAAAUGUUCGAUAUCAUGAGAACAUUGUAUAAGAUUGAGCCUAGAGCUGAGCAUUAUGGUUGUGUGGUUGAUUUCCUCAGUCGAGCAGGGCAAUUCGAGCAGGCAAUGGAGUUGAUUGCGAGAAUGCCGGGCUUGGCAAGUCCAUCAGAGAAAGCAAUUGCUUGGAGAGCUUUAUUGAGUGCAUGCUGGAGUCAUGGAAAGAUUGAAUUGGCUGAAAUUGCAGCAGAACAUUUAAUGCAAUUGGAAGUGCACAGUGGAGUUUAUGUCCUGCUCUCAAAUGUGUAUGAAGAAUGUGGCAGACAUUGUGAUGCUAGGAGAAUUAGAAAGAGUAUGAAACAUAGAGGUAUACCGAAAACUCCGGGUUGUAGUUCAAUAGAGAUCGGUGGCCGUGUUCACGAGUUUGUUGCUGGUGAGCAGAUGCACCUGCAAAUAGAAGAGAUAUUUGAGGUAGUAGAUAACCUGAAUGAUCAAUUGGUAUCUGCAGGAUAG